CGCGGCGGGGGGCGUGAAAAUGGCGGCGGCGGCGGGCGGGGAAGCCAAGAUGGCGGCGGGCAGCGGCAGCGGGGCGCUGAGGCGGGUGCGGGCGGUGCUGGGGCACCUGGCGGGGCAGCCCCCGGCCGCCGUGAGGGCAGCACCGUGCGGGAGCUGGCCCGGGGGAGCUUCGUGUCCCGAGGAUGUGGUGGUGGUGCACGGCAGGAGGACGGCCAUCGGCCGAGCCAAGCGCGGGGGGUUCAAGGACACCACACCCGAUGAGCUGCUCUCUGCCGUUAUGACCGCUGUCCUGCAGGACGUCGGGCUUCGACCGGAGGUGUUGGGGGACAUCUGUGUGGGGAAUGUGCUGCAGCCGGGAGCUGGCGCUUUGGUUGCGAGAGUUGCACAAUUUCUAAGUGGGAUCCCAGAGACGGUGCCGUGCUCGAGUGUCAACCGGCAGUGCUCCUCCGGGCUGCAGGCCAUUAUCAAUAUAGCUGGUGGCAUCCGAAAUGGGUCGUAUGACAUUGGCCUGGCCUGUGGCGUGGAAACGAUGUCCCUCAGAAGCGCCAAUAACCCUGGCGAUAUCAGCUCCAGUAUGAUGGAGAACAGCAAAGCUCGAGAUUGCCUUAUUCCCAUGGGAAUAACCUCAGAGAAUGUGGCGGAGAAGUUUGGAGUUUCCCGCAAGAAGCAAGACGCCUUUGCCUUGGCUUCCCAACAAAAAGCAGCGAAAGCUCAGCAGCUGGGACUGUUUAAAGCCGAGAUUGUCCCAGUCAAGACCACUGUCCAAGAUAAGGAGGGCAACCAACAAACAAUCACCGUGCACCAAGACGAAGGGAUUAGGCCCUCCACCACCCUGGAAGGCUUGGCAAAGCUGAAGCCUGCCUUCAAGGAGAACGGCAGCACCACAGCAGGCAACGCCAGCCAGGUCAGUGAUGGAGCAGCUGCAGUUCUGCUGGCAAAACGCUCCAAAGCAGCACAGCUGGGGCUGCCGGUGCUGGGGGUGCUCAAGUCCUUCGCCGUGGUCGGAGUCCCGCCCGAUGUUAUGGGCAUUGGGCCAGCCUACGCCAUCCCUGCUGCUGUGGAGAAGGCAGGUCUGACACUAAAUGACAUUGAUAUAUUUGAAAUCAACGAAGCCUUUGCAAGCCAGGCUGUGUACUGUGUUGAAAAGCUGGGCAUUCCCAUGGAGAAGGUCAACCCCCUGGGAGGAGCAAUAGCCCUGGGGCACCCCCUGGGCUGUACGGGUGCCCGGCAAGUUGUCACCUUGCUCAAUGAAUUGAAGCGUAGAGGGAAAAGAGCGUAUGGUGUUGUGUCAAUGUGCAUUGGAACUGGUAUGGGAGCUGCAGCAGUAUUUGAAUACCCAGGGAACUAAACUCCAGCGUACUGACAAAUCAACACAGCUGCUAAUUCUCUGCCUUCUCUAGUAAUAGCAAGUGAUUUGCACUGUGGAAUCAAGUGGAUUCAGGGAUCCGUUACUAGCUCUACAAAUUACAGGCUCAAAUUGAGAAGCAGAACCAAUCCUACAGAUCAACUGAGGUGGAAAAAAGCAAGAUUGACAUUCACUUCAGUGCUGCGAAGCAUCCUAGGAUGAGAAAAGAAACGAGUUCAGCUGAAGUUCAAAGACAGGCCCUCGUGUGGUGAUUGUGAAUGAACACUUGUAAUUGAUCCCUUUACUUUGAACUCCUCCUCUCUAAUUAUAUUUACGUUGUACAUUGUAUGACAAAUCACCUAAAACCAUGGCUCCAAAUGAAAAUGAUGGUGCACAUGAGAUGGCUUUUCCAGAGAUUUCUUAAAGAUUUCAUCAUCUAGUCUAGAAAGGUUUCUUUUGAAAGCAGUGCAAAGACUUAAUAUUUCCUUUAUAACUAUGUUUGUUCUACCCAGGUCACAAAUUGGCUCUGUCUUAAAUCAUCCAUAUGCUAGAGGAUGUGCUUUAACUUUCUAUCUAUCUACAGAGAGAGAUUUUUAACCAAGCUGCUCUGAAACAACCACGGGGGCAAGGUGGAAGGGCUGCUAGGAAGUAGUUUACACAGCAGCAAAAUAUAAACAAACAGUUGAGGUGCCUGCAAGGAAAGGUUCUGAAGAAUUGCUAGAAACAAGGUGUUUGAAAGUAGCCAUUCCAUUUUUUUACAACACGUUUCUAAUUAUAAGCUUGUAUGACUAACACAACAGACAAGCUUCUGCUUAAUAAUUAGAUAUAAAGGAGAUCUCAGCACUAAUACAAAUGUUUACAUUUCAUCUUCGGAAAUUCUCCCUUACCUGUUCUUGUUAGUAGAAAGAUCACUGAAGCUAAGAGCUAAUGGCUUGAAAAAGAAAUGCAUUAAUGACCUUUGACUGUUAGGAAGUUUAAAUUUGUAACACAGACUGAAGUUUUUUGUCCCAGCUCUUAUUUUGCACUUAAUAAUACAACUGGGCUCCUGCAAUA